UUCCAAAUGUUACCGAGGACAGUGGCUGAGGACCUGAAACAGAAUGGAAGCUUCAACGCUGAACAUUUCCCAGAAUGUACAAUAUUUCAAAGCGACAUGGUCGGUUUCACUCAGCUGUCGUCAAACAGUUCACCCUUUCAAGUAACAGACAUGUUGAACACGUUGUUUUCGUGUUUUGAUGAUAGAAUUAGUAUCUAUGAUACGUAUAAAGUGGAAACAGUCGGAGAUGGCUACAUGGUGGUAUCAGGUGUACCGAGACGGAACGGAGUAAGACAUGCAUCUGAAAUCGCAACUUUAUCCCUGGAUUUGCUAUAUCAUGUAAACAAGCUAGAACUUCCACAUUUAUCCGGUGAAAGGUACAAGAUCAGAAUAGGAUGUCAUUCAGGUCCAGUAGUAGCAGGUGUGGUUGGUACAAAGAAUCCUAGAUAUUGUUUGUUUGGGUCCACAGUACGAAUCGUGGCAUUGAUGGAAUCAUCUGGAGAAACAAACAAAAUCCAGGUCAGCCAUUCCACUUACUCUCUAUUGAGCGCCAUUGGUGGAUUUGAAAUGGAAGAACGACAAACCAUGAGUGUUUUUGCGAAGGAUGAAUUGAAGAAAAACGGCUGUUCGCAAACGACCUUCUGGUUGCUUCAGAAGGAUUUCCAAGUCUGGGAAGGUUAUUCUACAAUAUCAGAUGCUUCAUCAUUCGGAUCUUUUCUUUGAAAUAAUACUGUUUCUUUCAUUUCUGUGCGUGUAAUGUA